AUGAAAAAAUCUCCAAAAAGAAAAGAGCUCUCAUGUGCGACACCAAAUACGUUUAACGAAAUUGAGGAAAAUUGCAUUUCAUAUCUCACUAAUUUAAUUGUUGAUUUUAAAACAAGUUCGAUUGCAUUUGCAAAGCUUGUUGAAGAGUUAUCAGAAUUUGAAAAUAUUUCAACACCAACGAUGGAUGUCACAAGUGGAUCUCUGUCCGUUUCAACACCAAAAGGAACAAAAAGUAGAAGACCAACCUCCAUGCAUUACAUUUCAAGAAGUUCCAUCACGUCAACAACUUCAAUGGAUUUAAGUCUUGCAUUUUCUCCAAACUCUUCACAUCAAACGACUCCAAAUGUUUUUCAUUGCCUCAAUGAGAGAGGAUCUAAUUUUUCGAUCAUUGUUUUGAGAGAUGUCACUAUUUGCUUGUGGUAUAAUUUGAGUAAUCACGGAAAUAACAAACAUACAAGAAAUGCGACAAGUAUUAAUAUUGACCACUCGAGUGGUGCUCAUGAAAAUAAUUGUGUGUUAAAUAAUAAUCAGAAAAAGUUACUUUUUGGAGGAGUGUACGAUGAAAAACUUAAAAGUAUUGGAUACGAUAUUGAAACCAAAUUGCGAGCUGGAUUUAUUUUGAAUAAGCAAUCUGCCAUUCAAAACAAUCAAAACAAUCAAUCUCAUACGUUGAAAACAAGUCGAUCGAUGGAAUUUGGUGCUUUUUUGACAAGAUCCAAUAGUCAAGGAGCGUGUAAAUAA